CUGUUACAAAAUCAAGAUUCUCUAGCUUACUUAUACUCCUUCCCUGUCUUCUCCUUACCAUAAAACCCAUUAUAUAGAAAACAUUAUAUUAUAUUUGCUACAAGAGAUAUAUAUAUAUAUAUUUGUGGAGAGAGAUCAAAACUCCUUUUUCUAUUAUAAUUUGGAAUUAUUUGUUUUGGUCCAAAGAUGUGUCUGAUCCACUUGGAGCCUUCUCAAAAUCUUUAAACCAAACCAUUACCACACACACACAGUCCUUAGUUAGCCUCUCUAUCUUGUACUCUCCAUUGAAAAAUUACUUAACUAUCCUUCAUUCCUCUUGCUCUGUCCUGUUCUUUGCUCUUGGCGUUGAAGGGUAGUUGGUGGUUUUCUUCGUUUGGGGAAUUUCGGUUCUCUUUUUUCUGUUUAGUCGCAAUUAUUAGAAGAAAAGAGAGAAAGAAACUCUUUUUGUUGAUCCUAUUCUCUCUUUGUAUUACGUUACGGCACACCUUCUUUAUGAAAACACUGAGAAUGACUUGAAAUAGUGUUCCAUGGUGGAUUUCUUGUGUGAGAAGAAACUGCGAGCUUAGUGUUCGUAAUAUGUCCGUAAAGAAGAAAGAUCUUUUGUCGUCAGCCAUGAAGAGAACCAGUGAAUGGAUUUCUUCUCAGGAAGUCUCUAGUGAUGUCACCGUUCAUGUAGGAGAAGCUUCGUUUUCACUGCACAAGUUUCCACUCGUGUCAAAAUGUGGGUUUAUAAAAAAACUUGUGUCUGAACCAAAAAACGAUUCAGAUGCUACUGUUAUCAAAAUCCCAGAUAUCCCUGGAGGCUCUGAAGCGUUCGAGCUAACGACUAAGUUCUGCUACGGUAUUAACUUUGAUAUGAGCACAGAGAACAUCGCCAUGCUGCGAUGCGCAGCAGAGUAUCUAGAGAUGACAGAGGAACACUCUGUGGAGAAUCUCGUCGUAAGAGCGGAAGCUUACCUGAACGAAGUAGCUCUCAAGAGCUUGUCGAGCUCGAUCACAGUGUUGCACAAAACAGAGGAACUGUUGCCCAUUGCCGAAAGAGUGAAACUUGUGAGCCGUUGCAUCGACGCGAUUGCUUACAUGACUUGUCAGGAGAGCCAGUUUUGCAGUCCUUCUUCGUCGAGUAAUAACAGCAACAGUGAGGUUGUGGUUCAGCAGCAGAGCAAGCAGCCUGUGGUUGACUGGUGGGCUGAGGACUUAACCAUUCUUAGGAUUGAUUCGUUUCAGCGUGUUCUGAUCGCAAUGAUGGCUAGAGGGUUUAAGCAGUACGGACUUGGUCCAGUGCUUAUGCUCUAUGCUCAGAAAUCUCUUCGGGGGUUGGAGAUUUUUGGGAAAGGAACGAAGAAGAUUGAGCCGAAACAAGAACACGAGAAGAGAGUGAUUCUGGAAACAAUCGCGCAUCCGAAUAUGAGUGAUGUAGAGAGGAAGAAAGUAUGCAGCUUAAUGGAUUGCCAGAAACUAUCACGAGAAGCCUGCGCUCACGCAGCUCAGAACGAUCGUCUUCCCGUUCAGACCAUUGUCCAAGUCCUUUACUACGAGCAACAACGUCUUCGAGGAGAAGUCACCAACGAUUCAGAAUCUAUAGCCCCACCACCACCACCUGCAGCAACUGUUCUUCCUCCCAAACUCGGUUCCUACAACGACGAACUCUCCAAGCUGAAACGCGAGAACCAGGACUUGAAACUCGAGCUUCUCAAGAUGAAGAUGAAGCUUAAAGAGUUUGAGAAAGAGAGUGAUAAGAAAUCAACAACAACCAUGAGCAGCAAUCCCAGUUCUCCAGUCUCAACUGCUUCCACGGAUAAGCCUCCAUUGCCGAGAAAGACAUUCAUAAACUCUGUUUCAAGAAAACUCGGAAAGCUAAACCCUUUUAGCAUCACACCAUACAACGCUAGAGGCAGAACCAAACCACCCAAAGAUCGGAGGCACUCUAUUUCUUGAAAAACCAUAUAUAUAAUUUUAAAAAAAAACAUGAAUAUAUGUUUAAUUUUUGUCGGGACUUCUAAGUUCUGAUUCAAAGAUUUUUUUUUGGUUUUCAAUUUAUAAACAUUUGAUUAUUUUGUGUGUGUUUAUGAUGUUUGUUUGUACAUGAAGCUGGUAAUACUUUUUUCGAAUGAAAACUAUCUUGUUCAUCAAAUAUUCCAAAAA